GUUGACGGUUCGGUUGUCCUUCCUGUUUAGAAAAAAAUCCUAUUUUCACAUACUUAGGAGUGUGAGAAUUGAAAAUAAAGUCGUUCCAGCGCUUAAUAAUUACGUAUCGGUGCAUCAUGUGCUGAACUCAUUGUUGAACUACUGCUUAUCUCGGAUCGACGUAAUUAUUUAGGCAGCUAGUAAUUUUGAGCCUCUAAAAAUCCGAUCAAAAUUGCAUAACUAAUAAAUAUUGUAUCGUUAAAUUCAUUAUAUCUUUUAAUUCAUUUGAAACUGUGAUCUUUUUACUCCGUUUAAAAUUAGGAAACAGUUAUUCGUGGGCCAAACGGAUCCUAUGAAUCCUCUGCUGUGAUCAGUGAUAUUACCAUAUUUGGAAAACUAACCUAUGAUUCUGUUGUUUCUUUUUAAAAUGUGUCAUAUUUAAUAGGUGUUAUAUGUUAUCAAAUUAGUUGACAUAAUCGUAAUCAGGGAGUUAUUCAGUUAUCUAAAAACUAUUUAACCUUAAAUCUAAACUUGGACUACCUCAAUUUUGGAAAAGUGCUCGAUGAAAUGUUUAAACAAUCUCGAGGUACCUGCUAUGACUUAUCGGUAUCAUUAAUUGACAGAAUAACCAACUUUCGUCCAGUACAUUAAUGUCUUCGAUACAACCGACUGCAUCUGAUUCUGUUUAUUGCAAAAUGAGCUGCGUUUCAAUCCCGAGGUCCUACUCAUCCUUUCGACUCUAUAGGAAUGCCGGAAACAUCAUACCGAUGAAUUCUCCAGAAUUAAGUUGUUUGAAACUAAGUUAGUCUAGUCAAUCUAACAGAGACAAAUCUAAUUCAAAGACUAGAAUGAAUCUUUGAUAUCAAAUGACAGCAACUUCUAACAGCUUACGGUCUGUGUUUACCUGUUCUUGGUAAAUGUGUAGUGAUAAUAGCUAUUUUUAAUUUUCAUUUUUGUAAAGGUGAGAUAUAGACAGUCUGAAAUGCAGUUACAGAAAUCAUUAUUGUGAGUACGUUAAUAAUGCAAGCAAAGAAACGGUAUUUAUUGUUAUUUGUGACUUGCGCUUUUCUUGCUUAUUGUUACUUUGGUGGAUAUCGGUUAAAAAGUGAAGGAUGGGCUGCUGUUCGGAAACAGCAACCCUACGAAAGGUUACCUUCGUACUUAACUUUAAACGAAGAGUUUUAUGACAAAGACUUGAAAAACACAGGAAUCAGCAGCUUACUCCUCGCAUCACAUAAUCCAAAACAUUGUCGCAUGGAAACGUGCUUCGAUUACACAAAAUGCAAGCAAGGAUUCACCGUUUAUGUUUAUCCGGUAGAAGACAUGAUAAGUCCUCUUUAUCAGAAAAUAUUGAACGUGAUCACGGAGUCUCGUUAUUAUACAACAGAUCCUUCACGAGCCUGUAUUUUUGUCCUGGGUCUCGAUACCCUUGACAGAGAUCCAUUAUCCACAGAAUUUGCACAUAAUCUUCCGUCCAAACUUCUGCGUCUGCCUCAUUGGAACAAUGGAAGGAAUCAUUUAAUUUUUAAUCUAUAUUCAGGAACUUGGCCCGAUUAUGCCGAGGAAUCAUUAAGCUUUGAUCUCGGCUAUGCAAUUUUAGCUAAAGCGAGUAUGUCUCAAUUCAAACUGCGUCCAAAUUUUGACAUAUCAAUUCCACUGUUCGGUAAACAGCAUCCUGAAAGAGGAGGAGAACCAGGUCAGGCUCCAGAAAAUCAUUUCCCUAGCAAUAAAAAAUAUGUCGCAGCUUUCAAAGGAAAGCGAUAUGUACAUGGCAUUGGAUCUGAAACACGAAACGCACUUUAUCAUCUUCACAAUGGAAAGGAUUUAGUGUUUGUAACGACAUGUAGACAUGGGAAGUCUUGGAGGGAAUUACAAGACGAGCAUUGUCAGCAGGAUAACCAGGAGUAUGAUAUGUACGACUAUGAGAUCCUGUUGAUGAAUUCUACAUUCUGUCUAGUACCACGUGGAAGGCGACUCGGCAGCUUUAGAUUUUUAGAAGCUUUGAGGGCAGGCUGCAUUCCAGUAAUUCUAAGUAACGGUUGGGCCCUACCAUUUCACGAACAAAUCGAUUGGGAACAGGCGGUCAUAUUUUCGGACGAGCGUCUCCUACUCCAGAUUCCUGAUAUUGUGCGGUCGGUUUCUAAUACAGAAGUCUUGAAGUUCAGGCAGCAGACGCAGUUUUUGUGGGAACGUUAUUUUUCAUCCAUUGAAAAGAUUAUUUUCACUGUAUUUGAGACACUCCGAGAGAGACUGCCUUGGGAGGGAAAGCGAGAAGGUUCGGUAUGGAAUUCAGGACCUGGAGCUUUGGUGACGCUACCUCAGUUUACCGAUAGUCGACAAGAACUUCCUUUCUCAAAUUGUGAUCCUGGAAAUACGUUUACUGCCAUAAUAUACUCACAGCUAGGAUCCACCGCAGUUCUUUACCGUCUUUUAAGGAGUGUGGCUAGAAGUAAAUACUUGGAUAAGAUCAUAUUGAUGUGGAAUACAGACAUUCCAUUACCCAGAAGACCUCGUUGGCAGGGUAUAAAAGCAUCGAUAAAUAUCGUAUCUGCCGAUGGAAUAUCAAAUCGUUUCUAUCCUCAUAAAUUAAUAACAACCAGCGCUGUACUAUCUCUAGACGAAGAUGCAAUUCUCAACAGCGACGAGAUAGAUUUCGCAUUCACCGUUUGGCGUUACUUUCCCGACAGGAUUGUCGGUUAUCCCGCAAGGUCACAUUAUUGGGACGACUCUAAGCGAUCCUGGGGCUACACCAGUAAAUGGACAAACGAUUACAGUAUUAUAUUGACAGGUGCAGCAUUUUACCACCGGUAUUAUAAUACUCUUUAUACGGAGCAUCUUAGUUCUACUCUCCACAAAACAGUUGAACAAUCACAGAAUUGCGAAGAUAUAUUGAUGAACUUUUUAGUAAGUCACGUCACGAGGCGUCCACCGAUAAAAGUUACUCAACGUAAGCUUUACAAAGACACAACAGUUGGCAUAAGAUCGCCAUGGAAUGAUCCAGACCAUUUUAUACAAAGACAAACGUGCAUGAACACCUUUGUCGCUGUUUUUGGAUACAUGCCGUUGCUACGCUCCAAUAUGAGAUUGGAUCCGGUUCUAUUCAAAGAUUCUGUUAGCAAUCUGCGUAAAAAAUACAGGCAAAUCGAACUGGUCAGUAACUAACGCUAUAUUUAUUUACAAAUAUGCCAUUGUUUCCAAAAAGCAGACAAGUAAUACAUAACUAUUUACGUACAUAAAUAAUGUGUAUUAUCCUAUGGAUUUUUAUACCGAUCAAACUUCGUGCAAUUUCUUUUCUUCUUCUUUUGCAAUCGAUUGAUCUUAUACCAUACCCUAUUGUAAAUAAAUGAAUCUUUCCCUUGCAAUGUAAUCAUAUUCAGAAUUCUCUGAUAAGUGUACAUAUUCAAUUGUCUAGCAUUCGCUGUCCCAGUAGACAUUUUUCUUUUUAUCUUCUUUUGUCUUUUACUUUUCUACAACCACCUAUAAAAUGCAUAAAUCAACUAUUGCUCUCUAAACUGAUGAAUAUGCUACGAACACCGCAACUCAACAAGUUGUUCGAUGUAUCAGUUUUCAUUCUGAAUUCAAGAUAUGAUCCCCUUGAUCGUUUACCGAAUUAAAAUUAUCUGUGCAUACAAAAAUAAAUCAACGCGACUGGAUGUCGUGAUUUUUUCUUGCUCGAAUCUUUUCUUACUUCACGAGUCACUUGACCAAAAAUUAUACCUCUGGGUAUAAUCAAAGCUCAAACAAUUAUGAUGUACGUGUAAAUAAUCCGAUCUUUUCCAAUUUGGAGCGGAAACGCGAUUCUAAUCCUCUUUUUUUUCUUAUUCUCUACGACAGCGACGAAAUGAAUUUUAUAAUUAAUGUGAAAAACUUACAGGGAUCGUGUACAGAUUUAAUUAUUUACUUUCAGUUUUUAUUUCUCCUUGUAUUGUAAAAUUUAUUUUUUUAUUGUUAUUUAUUAUUACCACCUGUAUAUCAUCUUAGGAUGAUAUUCCGGUCAUAAAUGUGAAACAGAAAACUAGAGAAAAAAGACAAAGCAUCGCCUUGCAUCGCCUACAUUCUUCAUUUUCACUUUGUUCUUAUUUCCAAUGAUGAAAAUAUUAAAAUAUUUCCAGCAUCAUUGAAAUGAUUGAGAGGUCUCAAUAAUUAUGUGAAAACAUAAUAAAAAUUAAAAAAUCGAGAUCAAUACCAAGCAAUACUUCUAUACAUACAUAUAGUAUAAUAUUUGCAUUUCCUAGUAUAAUGACAUCAACUGUUGAAAUAAUAUUAUGACUUUUGAAAAAAAAAUGCCAGUAAAACGCACAGGUCCGAUGGGUCUGACGAUAUCAUGAUCGCGAAGAUGAUUAUCAUCGUUAUUAAUGUUAUUGUUGGUAUUACUAUUACGACUACCACUACUAUUAUUAUUAUUAUAAUUACUAUUAUUAUUAUGAUUUUUUUUCGAAAAACCGCAAAAAUUUAUAUUAAGAAUUUUACUACAUUUUUUUCAGAACCGAAAACAAAUGAAACUGGAUUUUCAAUCAUUACAUUUUCGUAACAAUAUCUUAAUAUUACUAGACAAGUUCAGGGGUGAAAUAAUUGAUUCAUGAGCAGUUGUUUUCCGUUUGAACUUUCUUCACAAGUAUUUAUACUUUGCCGUAUCAGGUCAACAAGUGAGGCAUGACAAUUUGGAUCAAUUUCGUUCAUUAUUAUCCAUUCAUGUUUUUUGUUCAAAGCCUGAAUCAAUUAAAUUAGGUUUCUGAUCAAAAUUGAUCAAAAUUAUGUACACCUAGAAUCAAAUGUGAUGAAUAAUAAUAUUUUAUGGAGAAAAAAGCCAUUUAUAAGGAAUAAGAUGUUGAAUUAUUUGAAGUUGUGCCAUAGUCGCAGGUUGGUGCGAAAAAAAUAGUGAGAGAAAGGCCAAUAUGUGCUUCAUUGGGAAACUAUAAAUUAUUUCAUUUUCGUAACAAUCGAUCACUGUGUAUUGUGACAUAAUUGAAUGCGGACGGUUUUUAUUCACUAUCAAUUACGGUGAAAUGCUUAUUUUAAACCGCUAAUGAAAAUAAUGUUUAUAAUUAAAGGCUUGAAAGACGACAGCUGUCACGUAUCAUUCUAUGCAACCUUUUUUGGUUGAAAAUCAGAAAAAAAAUCAAACGAAACAUAAAGAAAUAACACAUGAUUAGAUUCCUGUACGAUUCUGCAAACGUAAUCAACGACGACUUUGCUGCAUUUAACCAUAUUUCAUUUCACAUAAUUACAUACGUACCUACAUGUACAGGUAUAAAUUCAUAUACAUUUAUCCUAAAAUGUGUGUACAUAUAGUGGUAAAGGGUAUGUAUUGUAUGUAUCUCGUUAUACACACACGUAGGUGUGUAUGCAUGUGUGACAUGUAUAAUAAAUAUAAUUAUAUUGUGUGUAUCCCAUGCAUAUGAAUCACACACAAAGUUGUACAAAAUGUAACAAACAAUUAAGCCGCAGUAAGCUGGAAAAAAGGAAAAGAAUUUAAUAAAUAACGACCUCUUAAUGGGUUUUGUACUAUUCA